AUGUCUCCAGAGAGCUCCGAGAAUGCGAAACCUCGGGGUCAAAGCACGGAAGAAGUCAUCCAGCACAAGGAUAUCGAGCCACGAAUAGCCCCCGACCAAUUUGACCAGGAAUAUCGCACCACCAGAUGGGAGAUAUGGGCAUAUUAUGCCUAUUAUAUUGGAAACAAUGGGCUAUCGCUGUUUAACUUUGGCCCAACAGCUUUCCAGAACCUCCUCUAUCAAGCUGCCGGAGAGGAAGAAACUCUACUUUUCGCCGGCCGGCAACGCUCCAUCAACAGUAUAGUCCUCCUCAGCAACGGCAUUUCAUUUGCAAUCCAAGUCGUUGUCUUCCUCGUCAUCGGAAGUUUCGCAGAUUUCGGCAAAUGGCGACCGAAUAUCCUCAUCGGGUUGUCAAUCGUCGCCUACGGAAUCGGAUUUGGCUGGCUGGGCGUUCACACGGCGGAUAAAUGGCACAUUGGGGUGGGUCUGUACAUUGUCGGAUUGAUCGCCUACCAAACGACCCUCACGUUCUGGAUGGCCGCGUUUCCCGGAUUGGCGCGCAAUACUCCGGCGAUGUAUGCCAAAUCUGAGGAGUACGUUGCCGGACACAUCUCGCGCGACGAAUACGACUACGCCGAUAGCUUGGAGCGCAGUCGGUUGGCCAACAUUUCCUUCUACAUCCAGUCGGUCGCGGAGAUAUUCAUUCUUGCGAUCAUUGUUGGCAUCAUGUUCGGUUUGCGGGUGGAUGACAGCGAGCAGAAUAAUAAUUGGGGGUUGAGUGUUCUUGUUGCCUUUGCUACAGGGGUGUGGCUGUUGGUGUCUCUACCUUGGUUCUUCCUCGAGAAACGUCGGCCAGGACAGGAUCCGGGCGAUGAUAACAUCCUGAUGGCGGGAUUGAAGCAGCUCCGUCAUGCUUUGACGCAGGUGUGGAAGCUGAAGCAAAGCUUACUGUAUCUUCUAGGAUACUUCCUUCUUGGCGACUCCCUCAACACUACGGUGACCGUGAUAUCGACCUUACAAAACAGUGUGUCGUCUUACAACACACUGAAUCUGACCUAUCUGCUCAUCGUCGGCAUAGCAGCCCAGGCCGUCGGCAUCUAUUCCUUCUGGUACUGCCAAAAGCGCUUCCAACUCAGCACAAAAACAAUGUUCAACGCCAUCGCCAUGGCAAUAAUCCUCCUAGACGGCUGGGGCAUGAUUGGUAUAUGGACGCAACGAUUCGGAUUCCACCACGUCUGGGAAUUCUGGCUCUACCAAGUCUUCUACGGCCUCUUCGUCUGCCCCUGGUACAGCUACUCUCAAGUGAUGAUCUCCGAAGUGACACCCCGCGGCCACGACUUCCUCUUCUUCAGCCUAUUCAGCAUCAUCGGGAAGACAUCGUCAUUUAUCGGCCCGCUUGUCUCCAGCGCGAUUAUCGAUGCGUCGCCGUCGAGGAAUAAUUCGACGCCGUUUUACUUUUUGUUUGGGUUGAGUGUUACCAGUUUUGCGGUUUUGGUUGUUUGGUUGGAUUUGGAGGAAAGUCGGAAGGAACAGGAGAGGUUUUUGAGGGACCAGAAGAAUCGGGAGGUGGUGGGUGAUGAUUGA